GGUCAACGGGGACUUUUAAUUUGAAAAACCAAAAUUAAACGAACGCUUCGAGGCAGUUGCCAUAGAAACCGGCCAUGUUACUUUACAUGCAUGGCACAAUGUUAGACUUCACUGAUAAUUUAAACUCUCUCGGAUUUGAAGCUGGACUCACUGAAGAUGAGAAAAUGUAUCUGUAUCUUCGCAGUCGGUCAGCUGGUUUGACUGUCAGUGGAUGUGCGCAUGCUCUGUUUGUCUGUGAACUGCUUAUUUUACUACGAAAGAAACUAUUUGCUGCGAAUGGCUCCUCUUCCAAAACGCAUCUGUCAGUUGGCAUACUGGGUGGUGGACAAAUGGGCAAACAGCUGGCAAUGGUUUUACUGCAUGUAUCCAGCCUCAAGCCAUUUAACAUCAACAUCUCGACCAAAAGACCUGAGACUUUGGGUGACAUUUCAAAGAUGGGUGUUGAGUGUUACUUUGACAACAUAAGAAUGGCUAAAUGGGCAGAUGUGCUCUUUCUCUGUGUGUUGCCUGCUCAUCUACAUCAUGUGUGUGCAAACCUUCGCUCCCAUAUGCCUUCACACUGCCUCGUAUACAGUUUCACCUCAGCAGUGCCAUCAAACAGGCUUGCAAUGCUCCUUGAACACAAUUUUAUUCUCAAACCGCAGUAUGAAUUUGUGGCUUGUGAUGAUGUAAGUAAUAUUUGGCACCUUCAUAAUCAAGUUACAGCCGCUUUAAGGGAUAAGGAAGUGCUUGCGGCCUCAGUGCCUCUUUCAAUGAGUGGUGGCAUCUCCCUGGACCAGAGAUGGGUGUCUGCUGUGCUGUACAGUCUCCUCAACAUGUGUACGGCAGAAAAACUGGGGUCCGGAAAGGCUCUUCAGCUGCUCAAUGAGUUGUUUGUGACCAGCAUCUCGGCAAAGACAUUUACUUUUGACUCAUUCUGUGAGUCAUCUGAUCUCUCCAAGUCUGACGACCCUUUUCCCUGGAUCAGUUUGGUUGAUGUACAAACUAAAGAGACUCCGUUAUCUGAUUUGGUAUCAGGAAAUAAAGGCUUGCAAGACUGCAUUUCAAUCAUGUACCACAGUGCAUUUUCAAACCUGGCAGAAGGAUCGAAAGACUGAACAAAAGCGUAAUUCGUUCAAGGAGCCAUUUUUAAUUGCGCAACAUUUAGUUUCACAUUGUAUAUUUCUGUUCAUGUAAGAUCUGUUUAUCAUUAACCAUCUGUUAUGUGCAGGUGUUUGUAAAGUGCAGUCUAAAAUCAGCGUUAAUUAAACUCGGGGGAAGUGGGCAUGUCAGCUGUUUCAACUCCUUUGAGAAAAUGCAGUGCUAUAUUUGUGUGCUAUUCUCUGUUGAUCUUUGCUAUUCAUGAUUUUUAAAUGUUCUCCAGUACAUUUGAGUAAGCUGAGAUAACUAGAAAAUGCUGAAUUAAGGGAAAGCAAGAUUGUAAGAUUUUGCACAAUCUUAUUUUAUUCUGUACAAUGCUUACUUUAUUCAGAUUCUCCAUAGAGAACCAAUGUACACUAAAACAUUUUUUUGCCAAUUUUUUAUGAUUUACGCAUUUAAAUUUCAUAACAAAAUUCCAUCACACUGAACUGUGUAAUGUUUACAAAAAUUCAAUGAAAUAAAACCUUUUAAUUAAAUUUGAAGGAAUUUUUAUGCGUAAAUCUUAAAAUAUUUAUUUUUUGAGUUUAUAAUCCCUACCGCAUUGAUUUAGCCAUUAUUCACUGUUUCGGAUUGUGAAAAAUGUAGGCUAACGCAACUAAUGUAAAAUAAAUGUAAAACAAAAUGCCACUGUUUUAGAUAUUUAUUAUAUUAAAUUUAUUUGAAAGAAGAGCAUUUUUUUUAUAUUGAAGCGCCAAAAAAAAAAAACAACCUCAAAAAAUAAAAUCAUUUGAUUAAUAUUUCAUUAAAAUUACAAUUUCAUUAAAUAUAUAUGAAUAUUUUAUUAAUAUUUAAUAAAAGAUGAUAAAUAAAUUACCUUUAUAAAUAAAUAAAACAACAUUUUAACUCUCCUAUUGCAUUCAGAAUAUGCAAACACCUUUUGUAUUAGCGGGUCAAUUUUGAAUUUAAGUUUUAAAGGGAUAGUUCACCCAAAAAGGAAAAUUCAGUCAUUGUCUACUCACCCCUGCGUUCUUAUAACCUGAUUUGACUUAAUUAAAUUUUCUAAACACAAAGGAAGAACUAAAAAAAAUUGUGCUCACUGAUGUCAUACAAUGACAGUUUAUGGUGACCACCUCUUCAAGCUUCAAAAGGACACAGUCUAAUAAAUUAUUCCAUGAGACUCAUGCCUUGCUAUGAAAGCAAAUGAUAUGGUUUGGUGAGAAAUGACCUGAAAUCAAAGGUAUUAUUUAGUGUAAGUCAUCACUGACCAUUGCAGUCCUGUGCGCGUUCAUGAGAGUUCACCAGAGCAGCAGUUACGCUGUCCCCGCCCUCGAGAUGGAACAUUCAAGUGAAAACUCAUUUUGUUGAUCUAAAAACAGGUCCGCCACCGCAAUAGUAACAACAGACAACAACACAGCUGCACAAAAACCAGAAUACAACACUUUCAAAACAUGUCUGAAGAGUUCAAAAUCGAAGAGUAAACAAUGACUGAAAAUUCAUGUUUUGGGUGAACUAUACCUUUAAGAAUUUAAGCUUAUAAAUCAUUUUUAAAUUCUUAACUGUCCAUACAUGUAAAAAGAUGUAGAUUUUUGGCAUGUUAACUGACAAACAUAAAACGUAUUAUUUAAUAAUGCUUUUUUUUUUUUUUUUUAAGAUAUAAUAACAUUUAGAAAUUCUUUGACAUUUCAAAAUAUACAUUAACUACA